CACAACCGCAAUAAAAUAGGUGGUUAUGAUGUUUACAAGAAUUCUCUGGACCCUGCUGUCAUCAGCGGCGCUCAGUGGCCAGUGAACGAGCCUCUCUCCGUGGUGCCAGCCAUGGCGGCGGCGACCAAGAACAUUGGUUUCGGCGUCACCAUUUCCACCACCUACGAACAGCCGUACCAUCUUGCCAGACGGCUUGCCACUGUCGACCAUCUCACCAAGGGAAGACUCGGCUGGAACGUCGUAACCUCCUACCUCGACUCCGCCGCCCGCAACAUCCACGGCAAGGCCACCCAGCUCGCCCACGACGACCGCUACGCCCAGGCGGAGGAGUACAUGAAGGUCAUGUACAAGCUCUUCCAGUCCUCCUGGCGCGACGACGCCGUCAUCCUCGACCGCGAGAGGGGCAUCUACACCGACCCUGCCCUCGUCAGAGAGAUCAACCACAAGGGCAAGUUCUUCGACGUCCCCGGUCCCGCCAUCACCCAACCCUCCCCCCAGCGCACCCCCUUGCUCCUCCAAGCCGGCACCUCCCGCGCCGGCAAGAUCUUCGCCGCUCAGCACGCCGAAGCCAUCUUCACCUCCGCUCACUCCCCGGCCGUCUGCGCCAAGAGCAUCACCGAGAUCCGCGAGCUAGCUCGUACUGAGUUCGGCAGAGACGGGAACAAGAUCAAGGUUCUGGCUUUGGUCACCCCGAUUCUGGGAAGGACAGAAGAGGAGGCGCAGGCUAAACACGCCGAGUACCGCAAGUACGCCUCGACCGAGGGUGCCCUGGCUUUGUUUGGCGGUUGGACAGGCAUCGAUCUUGAUCAGUACGGUGACGAUGAGGAGCUGAGAGAGGUCGAGAGCAACGCUGUCAAGUCUACUGUCACUGGGUACGCCAAGUUUUCGCCGCAAAACUCCAAGUGGACGAAGCACACUGUUGCUGAGCAUGUUGCUAUUGGUGGGAACGGGCCGAUCAUUGUUGGUACGCCCGAGCAGGUUGCCGAUGGGUUGGAGAGGUGGGUGGAGGAGGGUGGGGUGGACGGGUUUAACUUUGUGAGUUUGUUCUUGCUUAUUGGUGAAGAGAGUAACAGAGCUGACAGGAGACACAGGCUUACGCUCUCUUCCCGCAAUCCUUCAAGGAUAUCAUCGAGCUGCUUCUCCCAGAGCUGCGGAAGCGUGGUCUUUUCUGGGAUGACUACGCCGUCCCAGGCGGCACAUAUCGCGAGAACUUCUACGGUGAGCCUGGACAGAAGCACCCACUACCUGAGCACGUUGCUGCCAAGUUCCAGUGGAGGGCUGGCGUGCCAGCGGAGGAGCACCAGAUUCCGGAAUAACUGGGGAAAAUUCUCGAUAUCUUGA